AUGUGCAGUCGCAAUUGCUACCGGGUGUCUGGAUACUUUCUCGGUUUUCUCUGGAUGGUCAGUGCGGUGUACUACACGGCUGAAACGAUUGAGCUGCUGAAGCUGAUGAAGUUGCGAUGCGAAACCGGAUCGACAUCGCAAGGGCCAGGCGGUGUAACAGCCCGGAUGCAGUUCGACGAGGAGUUGACCCAAAAGGCCUGCAGUUUCUACGCCCAUCUGGAUGUCUUUUGGCCUUACCAUGUGAUAACGACCAUCAUCAAGAUGACACCAGGAUUCCUUUUGGUGCUUGGAAUAUACAAGAACAAUGCGACCCUGGUCGUUGUCUUUGCGGUGUACGGUUUCCUAGAAGAAUGUUUUUUCGUGAUUGUUUUCUCGAAAAUCUUCGCCAUCAUGGAAGUGGGCUCGAAAAGUAUCUGGAUCUACUGGAUUAUAGUUAUAUUUUCCGUGAAACUUUUUGCAUCCGUUUGGAUUCUACUUGGAGUUUAUGCAGCGGUUCAACCAUUUCAAAUCCAAACUACAAGUCGAAGGACUCGAACGAACGUCUGA